CCUUAUCAUCAAGCAAUUCCAGCCUCUAGUUAUUUUCAGCGGCGGUAGUUAGCAUCCGAGGUGGUGGUCAUGACGACAGAUACUGGUUCGUUGGACCUACCUUAUCAUCAAGCAAUUCCAGCCUCUAGUUAUUUUCAGCGGCGGUAGUUAGCAUCCGAGGUGGUGGUCAUGACGACAGAUACUGGUUCGUUGGUCAAAAAAUCAGAGGAGGAGUGGCGUGCUGUUCUUUCACCUGAGCAAUUUAGGAUUCUCCGUGAGAGAGGCACUGAAAAGCCAGGAACUGGGGAAUAUGACAAGUUUUUUGAGGAAGGGAUCUUCAGUUGCGUCGGAUGCAAGACUCCUCUUUAUAAAUCAACCACAAAGUUCGAUCCAGGAUGUGGCUGGCCAGCUUUCUUUGAAGGACUCCCCGGUGCCAUUAACCGAUCCCCUGAUCCAGAUGGAGAUGGAACUGAGAUCACUUGUGCCGCUUGCGGUGGACAUUUAGGUCAUUUUCACAAAGGAGAAGGUUAUGCUACUCCAACUGAUGAACGCCAUUGCGUUAACAGCGUUUCCAUCAAAUUUCACCCGGCCAAAUCUUCCUCUGACACCUGAGGACGAGUAGUUGUUGAUCGUACAAUAUCUGAGGAUCAAUGCAGCAGAAAAAUAAAAAUCUCGAGGUGUUAAAUAAUUUAUCUCAACAUUGAUCUUAAAUAAUUUUGUUAUUUAAGGAUCAUUAGUGUUUUUAAAACAUGUCUGUUUAAAGAACCUUAUCUGUUUUUUUUUUGUGUGGUCAAACUGAAUCUUAUCUUAUCUUAUCUAGAUCCUUUGGUUA